UCUACUGUUUCAUGAUGAUCGAUUUGGUACAUAGCUGUGCUAUAUCAUUUUUGUUGAUGGCCUGUUACAGAUGCAAGUCGCGAACGGCGGCGUAGUUGGAAGUGGUGGCGGCGGCAUAGGAGGAGGCGGCGGAGACGGCGUAUCCGAACCUCAAGUGGAUAAUGCGUCACUGUCGGCUCCGCAGACCGAAGUAAUCCCAUCUUUAUCGCACAGGAUAUGGAACCUGUCGCGAUUAUCCUUCGAUGGCACGGACAGGACAAAUUUUUUGUACAGGCAAGACCUGCACCGGCACUUCGUCAUUUCCACAGAUACGAACUUUCCACGCGGACCCCUGUCUCUAUCAUCGAAGGACUGCUCGACCUGUCUUAGUCACGAUCCGGCCCCUUUUAGCCCGGCCGAGAAACAGCAACAAACCCACCCUCUAGGCUGAAAUAUAAAAAAAACUACGCACCCUAUUCCAUAUUGAGAAUAUAUAUAUAAA